UUAACUAUUAAUUCUAAUUAUUUUUUUCGACAUUAAUAAAUUACCUCUUUUUUUUUUGGUCCAAUGACCGAAUAUGAGUUUUUUUCCGGAAAUGAAUUGGUACAACAUGUUGAACUAAAAGUGAAAUCUUUAAUGAUCAUAAUAUCUGAGAUAAAACAGUCUAGUCUCAAUUAUGAGUUUGAUACAUCAAUACGUAAUGAUAUUAACGAGUAUAUACAAAUUGUAGAAACAGAUUGUCAGACAAUAAUAAAUGAUAUUAAAAAUAAUUUGUUUUCAAACAAAAUAUAUCAUAAAACUCAAAAUAUUUAUGAUAAAAUAAUGCUGCCGUCAAUUUGGAUGUUAAAUAAUGAAGACUACUACAAACAAAAAAUGCAAAAAUUUGAGGUAGAAAUCAAUUCUAAAGUUGAUGAUGUAACAAAAUCAAUUGGAUCAACUACAGAUAUUUUGAAUGCAUAUUAUAAAGAAAACUUAUUACUUGAUGAACAAACUAAUGACAUUUAUCAGAAAUUAAAUUUACAAAAAAAUAUACUUAAUCAAGAAAUUGAUAAAUUCAAUAACACAGAUGUCAUAUUAAAAAAUGCCUUUUGCAAAUCGAAAGAAAGUCUUUUAAAAAAAAAUGAUGAAAAUGUCUUGUUGAUUAAUGAAGCCCGUAAAUUGAUAUUUAAAUAUCAACAAAACAUGUAUGUUUAAUAUUUAUUUUAUAGGGAACAUAUAAAAUAUAAUUAAUUUUUAAGAAUUUAAUGUUACGGGUAUACUAUUUGAAACCUAAAAUAUAAAUUCUAUGAGUUUUACGACUGCUUAAUUUUUGUUUUUAUAGUGACAUGGUGUAGUAAUGGUGUUUAUAAUCAUUUGUCAUUACCAAGUGGUUAGUAGUUACAAUUAAUACGUAUUAGGUACUCUGGCAUAGGCGCAAAAAGCGUUUGGGAUAUAGGGGGGGGGGGCUAAAGCCUUACUUUGAUAAUAUUGAAUAAGCUUAAAACCAAAUAUAGGAAAUGUUUGGGGGAGGCUUAGGCCCCAAAGCCCCCUCCUUUUUGCGCCAAUGGAUCCUGUUACUCUAUGUUUAAUGCAGACUGUUAUUAUCUUUAUUAUUUAUUAGCUUUAGGCUUAUUUUCGCCUUAUUGUCUAUAUCCUAAAAAAGGUGGUGGACCUUUUUAUUAUAGCAGGCCAAAUCUGUGUUAUGCUUUGGCAUAAUGGGUUAAUAUUUUUUAGAUGUGAAUAGAGAAUUUUAAAAUAAUAAAAUAUACAUAUAAGAACUAUUUUUAGUAAUAUUAUCUAUUUAUUGUAUAAAAAGGAAUGUUUGAGUGUGUGUCCUUUGUGCAUUCCUAAACUUCUAGACCAAUUUUGAAGAAAUUGUUUGUAUUUGUUUUAAUGAUUCCCGGGAUGAUUUAGAUUUACAAUUGGACCCAGUAGGUACAACCCCGGGAAAAUAUACAAAUAUGACGAAUAUAAUUUUUAGAAGUUUAUAAUUAUUUUCUUGCAUGUAUUAGCUGUAUUGCACAUUUUUUACAACAUUUUAGAUUUAUGGUUUUCAGAAAUAUUUAAAAAAAGAGCAAAUUCUGUCCUGAGUUACCUCAUUUUACAGUAUUUAUUUAUUGUUGGUUGCCAUUGGUUAAUCAGGCAGCUUAGUUACAAGUUUACAUCAAAUUAAAUGUUAGAUUCUGAGCGGAGCGAGGAAGCUAUUGUUUUUACAAUGGUGUUUAUUAUUU